GUGGUGGGGGGCGGAGCCUGCUGGGAGGUCCCCUCCUCCCUCGCAGGGAUAUAACAGACUGAGAGCCGCCACCUUCGCUAACGACCUCCAGCUGUGGUCCCUCGCUCCGCUCACCUCUCCGGACACGAUGAGCUUCACCACCCGCUCCACCACCUUCUCCACCAACUACCGGUCGCUGGGCUCCGUGCGGACGCCGAGCCAGCGGGUCCGGCCUGCCAGCAGCGCAGCCAGCGUCUAUGCAGGCGCUGGGGGCUCCGGCUCCCGGAUCUCCGUGUCCCGCUCCACCAGCGUCUGGGGGGGCUCCGCGGGCUCCGUGGGCUCCGUGGGCUCCGCGGGCCCGGUGGGAAUGGGUAGCAUCCAGACGGAGAAGGAGACCAUGCAGGACCUGAACGACCGCCUGGCCAGCUACCUGGACAAGGUGAAGAGCCUGGAGACUGAGAACAGGAGGCUGGAGAGCAAAAUCCGGGAACAUCUGGAGAAGAAGGGGCCCCAGGGCGUCAGAGACUGGGGCCACUAUUUCAAGACCAUCGAAGACCUGAAGGCUCAGAUCUUUGACACUUCCGUGGACAACGCCCGCAUCGUCCUGCAGAUCGACAAUGCCCGGCUUGCUGCUGAUGACUUUAGAGUAAAGUAUGAGACAGAGCUGGCCAUGCGCCAGUCGGUGGAGAAUGACAUCCACGGACUCCGGAAAGUGGUGGACGACACCAACAUCACCAGGCUGCAGCUGGAGACAGAGAUCGAGGCUCUCAAGGAGGAACUGCUUUUCAUGAAGAAGAACCACGAGGAGGAAGUCAGAGGUCUGGAAGCCCAGAUUGCCAGUUCUGGGCUGACUGUGGAAGUGGAUGCUCCGAAAUCUCAGGACCUCAACAAGAUCAUGGCGGACAUCCGCGCCCAGUAUGAGGAGCUGGCCCAGAAGAACCGGGAGGAACUGGACAAGUACUGGUCCCAGCAGAUCGAGUCGAGCACCACAAUCGUCACCACCAAGUCUGCCGAAAGCAAAAACGCUGAGAACACGCUCACGGAGCUCAGGCGCACCCUGCAGACCUUGGAGAUGGACCUGGAGUCCAUGAAUAACCAGAAGGUCGGCUUGGAGAACCACCUUGCGGACGUGGAGGCCAGGUACAGCGCCCAGAUGGAGCAGCUCAAUGGGCUCCUUCUGCACCUGGAGUCGGAGCUGGCACAGACUCGGGCAGAGGGGCAGCGCCAGACCCAGGAAUACGAAGCCCUGCUGAACGUCAAGGUCAAGCUUGAGGCCGAGAUUGCCACCUACCGGCGCCUGCUCGAGGACGGCGAAGACUUCAGCCUCAGCGAUGCCCUGGACAGCAGCAACUCCAUGCAAACUGUCCAGAGGACAACCACCCGCAAGGUCGUGGAUGGCAAAGUGGUGUCCGAGACCAAUGACACCCGAGUUCUGAGGCACUGAGGCUGGGGGGUUACCCUUCGGGGCUAAGGAUCAAUAAAAGUUGAGCGUCACUGGA